AUGUCAGGUGAUUUGUUCCUAACAAAUAUAAAAGCUCGCCAUGACGUAUUGUAUCAUGUUACAAGUAAACAUGAACUCGAGACAAAACGAGUCACUGUGACAAUGAGAGGAAAUAAUUUCAUGAAGAAAGCUGUCGUUAUUAUUACGAUAUAUUUCUUCUUACUCCUACUACGGAAGACGAUUUUAUCUUUUGACAUAAGAAUCCUACAUUGGCUGUUGAAUGAUGUGAAAUUUCCAAAUCAUGAAGGACAUGUAAAAGGCUUUUUAAAUCUUGGAAAAAUCAAAUAUAAUCUCACGCACAUGAAACUAAGCGGUGUUACUAUUGAGCAUUCAACCAUCGAUACAUCAACUCUCUGGGAAUUCACCUACACUGGCACACGAUAUCUAAACAUCACUUUGCAGAAUGGCAAUGCAAAUUUUUAUGCAAAUUGGGCAUACAGUGCGUGGCCUUCCUUAGCGGACAGUGGUACACUGACCUUGAAUAUAAAUAAUGCUUCACUGCAAUUUGGAGUAGAUAUUUCCAGCGACCAACAUGGUUUUAUAAAUUUUACAUCCAAUGACUGUACAGUGAAAAUUAUGAGAGUGAAUUUAGAGUUUUAUCAUAAGCCCAAUAUGUUGUUUGAUUCCAUCAAGCCUUCGUUAAAGAAGAAAGCAGAAGACAACUUGCCUAAAGGAUUGUGUGAAACUUUACGUCGUGGCUUCCUUGAGAGUAUAAGUUCUAGCAUACAAAAUGUCCAACAUAAAUUUGUUAACUUUAUACUUUCUGGAGAUGUGAAGAAUCACCAAAAUUUGACCAAUGCUUUGGGGUGGAUUCUUGUUUAUAUAUUCAUAAUUGUGGUUAAAGUUGUACAUGACUAUGGAGUGACCAUAUUACUUAUGCUUGCUAUAUUAGCACUGUAUCUACUAUACGAGCUGGUCAAAUUCAUCAUCGUAACAUUUUGUUCCACCCUUCCCAAACAUCGCAAGACCAAAGUGCGGUCACUCAGUGACCCUGAACCUCCAGAACAGGAAAAACCGGUUUUAACUCCUGUCUCAGUGACCGUGGUGUCUAGGGAGGCUGGGAAUGCAUUUCUGGUGAAGUUUAAGAAAUUGUUAUGGUGGAGAAAACCAAAGGAAAAUUGA